CACAACCAUCGCCAUUUUCCCUCCUGCGGAACAGACAACGAGCAGACAUUGUUGGACACCGCGCUAUUUGCCGAAAUGGCAGUGUGAAAUUGUGCCGCGACCCAGCAGCAGCCAACAAAACAGUGCAUCCAGCCAGUGCACUGAGUCACUUCUAAUUCAGCAAAAAUGUCGUCCUACGUGGAAACCCUCAGCACUGCUGCAUUCGACAGCAUAAUAGAAUUCGAAGCUACCCUAGCAUUGUCACGCUCCCCAUUUGUGACCAACAACAGCCACUAUGACCAUGAUGAUGACCAGCUCACAGUUUGGCCAGGAAGACAUGGAGGCCCUUCUCUGGGGGCCUUCCUCUCCCAUGGCUGACGCCAUGGACUCGCUGUUUUUCCGCCCUGACAAAGAACAACAGAAAGGAGGAGGAAGCUUGGAGGGGGAUGCUGAACCCGCUUCCCCCCUCACCUCCUCAUCGCUGUCGUCUUCCUCUUCUCCUCCGCCCUUCUACUCUCCUCCUCCCUCUCCGCCGGCCCUCCUCCUCCAUGGGGACAAAGUCGGGAUGGAGUCUGAUCUGCUCUUCCCUUUAUUGGGCCACCCUGGUCAGCUGAGAUGUAGCCAGGCGCUCUCAGGUGACGGCAAAGAGGAUGCGCUCAGUGACUUGGACUGGAUGGCUGAGAAGGUGGAUCUUAGUGACCUUGACCUGGACUCACUGAUUGGCUCCUGCAGUCCUACUGAAGAGUCUCACAGCUCUCCAGAAGACCUCCUGGCCUCCUUUGAUUGCCCCAUGGAGCUCGACUCCCUCCCCCUGCCAGCUCUCUCAACUCCUGUGCUCAUGAAUCCUCCCUCUGCUUCUCUUUCAAGUAUACCGCCCCCUUCAUCUUCCACUGUCUGUUCAGAUACUGCUGUCAUCACUGUGGAUGAUCCUGAAUCCUGCAUCGAUGGGCAGGAGGUUCCUUCUUCUCCACUCUGUAUCCCAGAGCCUCAAGAGGAGCUCGAAAUCAAAUCAGAGCCUACUUCCCCAGACCCUGAAUCCCCCGUAGUAGAGUCUCCUUCCUCCCCUACCUUUACCCUGGACCUUGGCAGUGAAGUGGAUGUGUCAGAGAGUGAGGUGAAGCCAGUGGUAGCCACUGUGGUCCCUCAGGUCCCAAAGCUUGUACUCUCACUCUCACCAACUCGCAUCGUCCUCGUGCUUGCCCCGAAAAAGGAAGUCGGGAUCACCACGGCCACCACGUCAAAGGUCAUUUGUUGCUCCCCACCAUCCUCCCCUCCAAAAACACCCUCCAGAAGCAGACCCUACCCGGAACCAAAUUACAAAGCUAGUCCGCCCUCUCCUAGCACCACCAGUGUCAAGGUCAAGUCCCCACGGGGUGCAGGUGGACCUGAACGUGCAGCUUUGAGGCCUCCAAAAGACAAAAAACAGAAGAAGAUGGAGCAGAACAAAACGGCUGCCACACGCUACAGACAGAAGAAGAGAGCGGAGAAGGACGCCCUCACUGACGAGCACGUGCUGUUGGAGAGGAAGAACCUAGAGCUGACAGAGAAGGCCGAAUCUAUGGCCAGAGAGAUCGAGUAUCUCAAAGAACUGAUGGAGGAAGUUCGAAUGGCCAGGCUCAAGAAGGGUCUGAGUGCUGACCCCUAGUGGCAGGACCUAGCAGUGACUGAUCAUGCGUGAUAGGAAGUGAUGACUAGAAAGUGGGCUCAGUGGGUUUUUUUUGUUUUUUUUCUUGAAAAUGAACAUCAGUAUAGUUGAAGCUGCAUCUGCACUGCAUGACUAGGAUGCACAAGAAAAGAAGUGUUUGUCAGAUGAUCACCUUUUAUGUAUCCAACACUGGUAUUAAAUAUUGAAUACUCAUGUAGAAGUAGAAGCAAGUAGUUGAAAAUUAAGUAAUCUUCUCCCAGUAUAAACAUAUUUUAUUGUAUGUAUUUGCAUAUAUUUGGACCUUGGUAACCUAGGAACUGACUUUUUAACCUUUCAACUUGUCUAUAUUAUAUCAUAACCAGUCUACAUGUAUUCUCUCAAUAAAGAGUAAUAAAGUGCUUAAAUGAA